CCUGGCGGUCACUGGUGAUGCUGUUAGGAAGACGCAGGCGCAUUUCCGGUUAGUGUGGGUGAGAAUCCGGAUGGACUGAGUGGUCGCGUCGCUGGAGCUUGAGGAAAGUCGCAGGAUCAGCGGUGUACCUUGUGGAUUACAUAAAACGUAAACCAUGAAGAAUCAAGAUUCAGAAAGUGAGUUCAGUCCACCUGCUGAUGGUCAUGAGAGUAUAAUGGUUGGAGGUUUAUCAGCUGAAGGGGCAGAUAUUGUUGGCAGAGAGGAUACUCUGGAUGUUGCUCCAUCUACUGGACCUGAAACCAAUUAUGAAAUUUGCAAAAAAUCAGAUGAUCACAAUGGGCUUGAUCAAAACCAUGAUAAUGCAAGUACCAGUGAUGACAUACUGAAUGGAACAAAUGCAGGGGAUAGCAGUGAGGAGUCAUUAGUUGUUCAAGAUACUUCUGCUGUAAAUGGCUUGCAUAACCUCCCAACUGAACCUUCAACAGCUGAUGUUUCAGAUGAGCUUAGCAGACAACUUGAAGACAUACUGAACACAUAUUGCUGCAAUCUGGCUGAACAGAGUUCGGCUGUACAACCUGAGGAGUCACCUGAAAUGGAAGAAGCAGAAAAAUGUGUUAAUAGGGAGCCUCUGAGAAAUGGUGUGCGAGAGAUUGUAUGUGGGGGGAUAAAUGAAGACAUUGAAAAGGUUGUGAAGGCAGAGGCUCGUGUGGAAGAUGUGAAAGAAAAUGGAAAUGUUCCUAACAACAAAGAUCAGAAAAAAGCUCCAGAAAAGAAGAAAGCCAAAGCUUUAGGAAAGGAAAUAACAUUGCUGAUGCAGACACUGAACACUUUGAGCACCCCAGAGGAGAAGCUUGCUGCACUUUGCAAGAAAUAUGCAGACAUGCUUGAAGAGCACAGAAAUACUCAAAAGCAAAUGAGACUUCUACAAAAGAAACAAACGCAGAUCAUCCAAGAGAAGGAUCAUCUUAGGAAUGAGCACAGCAAAGCCAUUCUGGCACGCAGCAAACUAGAAAGUCUAUGUCGUGAGCUGCAACGCCACAAUCGAACUCUUAAGGAAGAAGGUGUUCAACGUGGAAGAGAUGAAGAAGAGAAGCGCAAAGAAAUCACGUCUCACUUCCAGGUCACUCUAAAUGAUAUCCAGACACAAAUGGAACAACAUAAUGAAAGAAAUUCCAAACUGCGCCAGGAGAACAUGGAACUGGCGGAGAAACUGAAGAAACUGAUAGAACAGUAUGAGUUAAGAGAGGAGCAUAUUGACAAGGUAUUUAAGCACAAAGACCUUCAGCAACAACUCAUUGAUGCCAAACUCCAACAAGCACAGGAACUGCUGAAAGAUGCAGAGGAGAGGCACCAGAAAGAAAAAGAAUAUUUAUUAAAGGAGACGGUGGAGAGCCAGAGGAUGUGUGAGCUCAUGAAACAGCAGGAAGUUCAUCUAAAACAGCAGCUGGCAUUAUACACUGGAAAGUUUGAAGAAUUUCAAGCUACACUUUCAAAAAGUAAUGAAGUUUUCACAACCUUCAAACAAGAGAUGGAAAAGAUGACAAAAAAAAUCAAAAAGCUGGAAAAAGAGACCACCAUGUAUCGUACCAGAUGGGAAAGUAGUAAUAAAGCACUGCUGGAUAUGGCAGAGGAGAAAACCCUGCGUGACAAGGAAUUUGAAAGCCUUCAGGUAAAGAUUCAGCGCUUGGAAAAAUUGUGUCGUGCUCUUCAGACUGAAAGGAAUGAUCUGAACAAAAAGGUUCAUGACCUCAGUGUUCAGUCAACCUCACAAGAUGGCAACAGCAAAGAGAUUGGGGAAAAGGAAGAAGAUAUGCAAUCCUUAAAUAAAAUUUCCCCAGAUAAUCAAAGCAAAGAUUACACUGCCGAUGUUUCUGCAAAGGCUGAUUGCCCAACCCAAGAGACUCUGCACUCAACUGAAGUUUGUGUUUGUGUGACUGAGGAGGUACAGUCACCCAUGUUUACACAUAGUCAAGUGGAAACUAACACUGAAGCUUGUAGCAUUCAGUCUGAAUUAUUACCAUCAAACAGCUCCGUGGAGUAGCUUACUGCAUUUAUAGGGAGGGAGUGUGUGAACAGAAGGGUACAUCUAAAUAUUGCUGUAGUCCAAAAUCCCACGUACCUAACUGAAAGCACUAUGGUUCAUAAAGCUCAGAUAUCUAAGUUUUGGAUGAAAGUAUUAUUCAUUGAUUAGUUACUUGAUAACUUAGUUCCCUCGACGGCUUCGUGACACAGUCAGAAUCUGUUUUACUAGGUAAAUGAAAAUUUUAAGUGUGAGUGAAAAUGUUUGGAUUGUUUGCAUGCAAAGAAAGUAAUUGAGAUUAAAUAAGCAAGCAUCCAGAAAAGAUUGGAGACUCCAUGAAAAAAGAAAACCCAAAUGGGAAUUCAGACCUUUUUUCCUGGCAAAGUUUUAGCAGUAUUUAUACAUUCCUUAAGAUGAUAAUUGCAAUUUGUUGCCCUCUGUUAUAUAACAAAUUGUUACUUCCUUUCAAGGGCAUGAACCGCCCUUCAGUUCCCUUCAUUUUAUUAAUCCCUUUACCUCCUGCAGUUGAUCUAACUGCUAACUUGCUGUUCUCCAUCACUAGUGUUGCUCUUCAGUCAGUUAGAAGGCAUGCAAGUGAAUUGGCAAAACUUGGCUUCUCCCCCCAUUAAUGGUGUGUUUGAGGAAGAGAACCUGGCAGAGUUACAGUGGAGGAGGAGGAGAUGAGUCUGCCUGUCACAAACUUUCCAAUUGCUGUAUUGUACUUUAACAACAUUUUACUAACAUUACAGCUUAUCACAUUUCAGUCGCAAAAUAUACUUUGGAGAGCGUUAGAAGAAUAAAUAGCUUGGGGUAUGUCUGUCAAAAGAUACUAGGCUGAGACAAAUGUUAUUCAACAUUAAAUUUAAUAGUGAAGUUGUGCAUUUUACUGUCAAAAAGCCUUUGAGGGAAUGUUCCCUGCUAAUCAAAUUUUGUAUGGUGGAGUAAAACAGCUGCAUAAUCAAAUCAAACGUUUUUAAAACAAACCUUACACUUGUCCUUUUCCUUGCAUUCACAUAAGCUUGAUUCCAUACACCUUAUGCAAUAUCCUGUGUAGAUGAGGUGUCAAACAAGAUUUUUUUUUAAAAUGACAAACUGUCUCAAGAUAUUGCUCAGAAUCUUUUAAUGCAGAUAUUUUUCUGUGAAAUUUAUAACUCAAAUGUUACGAUUAUGGAUAGUGUUUAUGACAUUGACUUUUUGAAAGACCUUAAUUAGUAAUAACUGAUGUAGCCCUUUGUGCCGUACAAAUGCUGAUAAACCUGUGACCACUUCAUAAAAUUGUCGUAAUGACUUUUUCACAUGCCAUCUUCAGUUUGUUCGGAAGACUCAAUUGUUAAAUAUUCUUUUUUGAGAACCUCCAUCAACGAUGCAUGGUAUUGGUUUUCCCUUGUAACCACAAUAUUGGAUACCAAAGAAAAUCUUUCAUAAUACUUGGCAUCCAAAGUGCUAGUAACUGAAUUGUAUAGGAUUGUGAUGCAAAAUCUAUUACUUUGCACAAACUUGAGUUGUUUCAUUAUAUUGAAGAAAUGUUGUACCUUUUGAGGUCUCUCUAUGAUUGUCUAGGGUUUAAUUUUGAAAUUUUCUUUAUCAGAUCCUCUUUCGCACACACAUUGGUACUGUUGGAUUAUUUGCUGUUAAAAUUCUAUAUAUUUACCAAUACAUUUUGUAGAACUGGGACCAUUCUAUAUCAUUUCAACCUUUAACAUUUUGUGGACUGAUGCAGUUUAAAAUUUUCAGAUGAUUGAACAAUAAUCCCAGGGAAUCUUAAAAAAAAACGGAACCUUCACUUUACUCUCAAAACAGAAAUAAGUUUCUCUCAAAGUAGUGACUUCUUUCCAUUUAAUGAGAAGUGCUCCCACUUUUAAGUUCCCCUCAGGUUUCUCAAUGUGUUCUUGUCAUUUUGCUUGGAAUGUGGAGGAUAAAGUUACAUCAGUACUUUCUACCUGCAGACAAUACUUGUAUGUAAAUAUACUCUAACACAGAUCUGCUACAAAUAGCUGUGUGAUUAAUGAUGAGCUCAGUAAUGUUAUGAUUUUUUAAGAAUAUGAUUCAGCAUUGUUGCUAAAAUGCAUUAAAAUCAUGUCAAUGUUUGGGUUCCCCUUUAAAGGGAUGAAACAACCAAAACUGUCAAGACAGUAUAGGUGGAAAGAGAGAAGACCUACUUCUCUAGCACUGUGCUUUUAAAGAUCUUGGUUCCACGAUUCAGUUUAAUGGUCAGAAUGAAAUUCAGUUACUGAGAAAUCAAACAAGAUUCUUGGUGUUGAUCAUUUCAGCCCAUAUAUUACACCAGUUUAUCAUUCAGUAAAUGACCUUACAUAACUUCAAAAUGUUAAAACAUCUCCCAAAUAUUGUGAAAAUUAAUUGAAAUAAUUUAGAUGGGAAAUAAUAUUAUGUAAAAGCAAUUUCAGUCAGAAACAGCAAUUUAAGAAAUACUAACCUAAUAAUGCAUUAUCAAAUUGGAAGGUGGAUAGAAUGCAAUGCCAAGAUUUUGAUAUUUGUGCAUGUAUCCAAUGUGUAUUUCAUCAGAAUCAGUCAUCACGUUGUAAUGUAAGAAGGCAUGCUACUUAGUCCAUUCCUUGUAAGGUACCUGGUUUAUCUGUGUAUGUAUGAUGUGUAUGCACGCAAUUAUUUUGUACCAUGUGUGCAAGUUACAACUGAACAACCCACUUUCUUGGCAGCGUUAAAUUAACCUAACUCUGGUCCAUUCAGUAGUGACAUAAAAACUCACAUAUCAUUCCAAUUACUAUCAUUAGUGUAUUAUGUCUGUUAUCUGUCGGCAGAAAUCAGUAUAUUGUGUACCAUUCAGUCAGUCUGUAGAAUUGGAAUGUUUCCUCCUCAGGAACCAAAGCAUAAUGCUGAACAUUGCAAUUUUCAAUAAAUUUAUUUGAAAACA